AUGAAUUUAAAUGAUUUUAGGAAUUUGGAUCCAAUUCCUGAUACAGCAAAUCUUGUUGAACUAAAUCUUGCAAAAUCAAAUAUGUAUUCCUCGCGAGAUAAAGUAAAUACUGGUCGAACUCUUCUUUCCUUGGAUUAUGAUGGUGGCCUAGAAUCAAGCAAAAAUCCACAGUCAAGUAAGAAGCCCGAUCCUUUAUCUCAAUCAAACCUGAGCAAUUCAGCAAACUGUGAUAGCAUGCAGAAGAAAGAUUUAAAUCAGACUGAAGCGAUGAAAUUGAAUAACGACGUCUUUGCUUGGAUUAAUCGGCACGAAUGUUUGCAGUUUAUGCAUAUUCGACAUAUAUUUCGUGUUCCAAUACACGGGUGGUUGACAACUUCUAAUGUAACAAUAAAAUCUGUAAAAGGUGCCGAACGUAAAAAUGGGAAAAAUCGUCACCAGCGGACAGCAAAUGAUAAAAUGGAAGCUGCACGCUUGAAAGCAAUACGUGAACGUACUUGGCGACAUAUCAAUAUGAUCAGCUCCAGUGCAGAAAAUACAGCAAUCAAAUCGCAAGUUAAAACGAUAGAUUAUAAUGUUAUGGGUCCAGAACAUUUCUUAACUAACUGGUUGCAAGGUAAAACAGAUGCACGUUCGGUUUUGGAUGUGGAGGCACAGUAUGCGGAACUUGCUCGAAAUUUAAAGCAGCGCGAGGACACACUUUAUGUUGUUGCUAUGAAGAAUUAUUAUUUGCUACCAGCAUCAGAUCGAAAUGGUGUUAUGCAACCACGUAUGGCUCUCAUUUUGCCUGCUCUAUCAUUCAAUGGUACAUUACCAAAUCAGGUGGCAAUGAUGCGUCUGGAAUGUGAUAUUACAGGCACCGGAUUAUUCCAUCUUCCAAGUUCACUUCUGCCUUUAUUUUAUGAUCACUCAAGCCGUCAGUAA